AUGAUAAAUUCCCAAUUGGGUACCCCUCAUGUCGGAAACCCCCAUAUUUUUUUGAACUUGACUGCGCGAUGUAAGCACUUGUGGCACUAUGGUUGGGGUGCCAGAUCAGCUGGAUCGGCUCGCCGGCUCCAUGUGUACCCCCCAGCAGUUCAAAUUGUCAAGACAGCAGCAUCUAAAGAGUCAGCGUCACAGCACCAUGUCACCAGACAUGCAGGUCAAAGUACGUCAGCUCAGGUCAUCGAAGGAUUCCUAGUAGCAACCUGUCUGCUCAUUUGCUGCGACGCCAUGCGCUUUGCCCACUCCGGGCUGGAGUCGCUGGACGCCGUGGGUGGGUGGGAAGGCAUCCCAGGUGGAAGAUGCCACCAUAGCCAGCAGUUUGCAUCCUUCCUGACCAUCGACACCGUGCACCCCCGGCCCAGGCGCAGCAGCGAUUUCGUCUCCUUCUUCCGGGAAGAGGACUUGGCCCCUCCAGGGGGACUACCACCUCCCAAUGGCUGGGGAGAAGGUAAUGACUCUCCCUGUACGACCUGUGCGUGUUCAGACCAGCACGGGGAGGGGGCCGAAGAAGAAGUGAAGGCUGAAGAAGAACUUCCGAAGAUGGUGUUCCCCAACGUGCCGCACCAUUCUUUCUUCCCACAUCGCAGGGGUUACAAACUCAGCCAGUUCAAAGUCUUUGCGCUGUUCAUUGCUGGGCUAGGCUGUGGGUAUGCGGCUGCCAGCUCGCUCACACGGAAGGAGGAACCUAUGGAGCUAGGAAGGAAUGAGGAGGUUGCCGGCGCGCGCACAGCCGCAGCCUAG